AAAGUCGUUUCAAGAAGUCAGUCGACGGUUGCACGUCCUCGCGAUUCGGGGAUUAACGAUCAGCAAAAGGCGAAGGGAUUGGACAACGAACAGAGAGGGAGAGAAAGAUAGAGCUCGGUUUCCUUCGAAGAAUCUUUUUUUUUUCUUUCUUUUCUUUAUCUCUUCCGCUCAUUUCCGUUCCACGCACUGGUUACACGCGCUCACCUUUGUUACUUCUCACCGACUCUUGAUUCCUUCCGCUUCUGGUACGAAGAAGAUGCGCUGAGGAGACGUCGACGAAAGAUGUCGAUGGACGAGGCACAUGGAGGCGGCAUGGUUUCCGCAAUUCUUUCCUCGGUCGUACUUCUUCUCCUGCUCGGACGCACCGCGGAUGCUCAGCGGAGUUUGGAGUUCUUCGAUCUCUUACCGGAAGAUCCUAAGCUCUAUGAUAAAAUGCGACCGCCUAAGAAAGAUGGACAAGCGACCGUCGUUUACUUCCACGUAACCGUCAUGGGACUUGACUCGAUAGACGAGAAUUCAAUGACCUACGCUGCUGACAUAUUCUUCGCUCAAACUUGGAAAGAUAACAGGCUGCGAUUACCAGAAAACAUGACAUCCGAAUAUAGAUUGCUGGAGGUAGACUGGUUGAAGAAUAUGUGGCGACCAGAUUCCUUCUUCAAGAACGCGAAGUCAGUGACUUUUCAAACGAUGACUAUACCGAAUCACUAUUUGUGGCUGUACAAAGACAAGACUAUUUUAUACAUGGUCAAAUUGACAUUGAAACUCUCUUGUGCCAUGAAUUUCCUUAUCUACCCUCACGAUACACAGGAAUGUAAGCUACAGAUGGAAAGCCUGUCGCACACGACGGAUGAAAUGAUCUUCCAGUGGGAUCCUGACGUGCCACUCGUCGUCGACGAGAACAUCGAGCUGCCGCAGUUGCAACUGGUUAAGAAUUACACAGCCGAUUGCACCCAGGUCUAUUCGACCGGUAACUUCACUUGCCUCGAGGUAGUGUUCGUCUUAAAGCGUAGACUUGGCUACUACCUGUUUCAUACUUACGUUCCCACUUGCUUAAUCGUCAUUAUGUCGUGGGUGUCCUUUUGGAUAAAACCGGAAGCAGCGCCAGCGAGGGUAACACUUGGCGUAACAUCCCUCCUCACUCUUUCGACCCAACACGCGAAGAGUCAAGCGUCACUACCACCCGUGUCGUAUCUAAAGGCCGUCGAUGCGUUCAUGUCCGUUUGCACGGUGUUCGUGUUCAUGGCGUUGAUGGAGUAUUGCCUGGUAAAUAUCGUCCUCGGCGAUUCGGAUCCACCGGCGGCAAAGCCGGCGCCUCCUCCUGCGCCGCCAUCCUCCAGUGGCACGGAUACCGCAAAGCUCGACAAAAUCUUCGACAUUGCCACUAAGGAGAACGCAAUGUUGUUAUCCGGUCGAUCGCAGAAAUCAACCGGACCACCGCCAGGGCCUACACCUGCCCAAAGGGCGCGAAUGCGUGCCCUGAACAUCGAUCGAGUUUCACGGGUCUUUUUCCCCUUCCUAUUCGCUGUUCUGAACGUCACCUAUUGGAUCAUGUUCGCCGAGUACAUUUAAACAUUCAAGGAGCACCCGAUCGCGACUUCCUCAACGAGCUCGAUGAAAAGAAGCUGACGUUACCGGAAGGGGAUAAUGAAAAAUGCGACAAGACGUUACCGAAAGAAGACACAAACUUUACGAUUCUGAUCGCGGAAUGUUUUUUUAAGGACAUCGUGUAAGGGUAUGAAUGGAAUGGAUACACUGAUCGUGAUGGUGUAUUUUUAGGAGAUCGUUUGACGAUCAAUCGUUUUCGAUGACGAGCGCUGAUCCAGGCUGUUGAUAGAAUUAAAGAAUCGUCGAGAACAGAGGGAUUUAAUUAAGAUUUGUGUUGGAGAAUAUUGGUGUAAUCAGAAAGGGAACGAUUAUUAAUUGAUCGACAUUUCUGAUAUGCAAAGUUGCAAUGUGAUAAAGGAAUAAUUGAAAAUAUUUGUUUUUAUUAGGAAGGGUAAAGGAUAGGUAUUGCUCAAAAACAUUGACGGAGAAAUUCGAAGAUUAAUUCGCGGUAACACUUUAGCACUUUCAAUUCAAUACUAUGUUACCAAAAACUAGAUAAUUAAAAAUUUAUAUAAACUAAGGAAUAAAAAAUGCGAUAUGAUGAACGAGAUUUGAAUUGAACGUUAUUAUCGAUAAAUAAAAUGAAAAGUGUAGAUAAAUCUCAAAUGAAUUAUUAUUGUUAAUAAAAGACGUAGUUAAAUUAAAUUGAUUAGGAAUUGAGAUUUCAAAUAACUCCGAGCGAAUUUCACUUGAAAAGUGAACGCUUAAAAUGAAAUUGUUUAAUGGUGAUUAAAAUUAAGUACAAUUAUGCUCGAUCGAAUUUCAGAACAUAUUUUUCAGCGUAUUAUUCUUUAAGUACUCGUUUUCUUUAUAAUUGUAUCAUUAUCUUCAACGUAUCCUUACUACAAAGAGAACGUGAUACUUCAUGUAUUAUAAUAAAAAUCGUCUUCGGCUCAUUAAUUUAACGUUAUAAAAAAUUUCAGUUAUUUAUAAAUCAUAAACUUGUUUAUCGAAUCGUAAAUUGAAAAAUAGAUAUCAAAGGAGGAAAAACAAAGAAUCCAAAUUGUAAUCACUGACAACUAUCGUUUCGGUGUUUAAUCCUCUUAAUUACGAGCGAGAGCAAUAAAACAAAAGAAAAAAAAGCUUGUGUAGUUUAACGAGUACUACAAAUUGUAUAAAUAUCAAAAAUUCACAUUAUUAUCGAAGCAUAAUAAGUGAAACUGUCGAACUGUCUAAACGUGUGGUUCGGUCCUUUUAACAAAUAAUUACUUGAAGAUUUACUAUUAAUUUAAUUGAAAUUUAUGAUAAUUAAACUUGUUAAGAAACAAAGUUGCAACUGCUAAAACAAGCAUCGGCAAUAAUCUUUGUCAAAUAGACCUAAAUGUUGGUUAUACAGUUGGCCCCCAAUAUCUGCGAUGUCAGUGAUGGGCAACUGUGCCCUUUUGAGAAUGGGGAAUGGCCAAGAGAAAGAAUGAUACAGUAUAUUAUAAAUGUACAGUGUAGUGUGCAGUGCAUUUCAUUAUUACUUUAUUUAAUGAUAAUAAUGUCCUUUAAUUAAGUUUCCCUAUAUUUCACUGAGAAUCCUCAUUUUUCUUCCGUCACCACAACUUAAUGAUAAAAUAAAAUAUCAUCGUUUAUUUAACAUGUUUCGUACUGCAAAAUAUUUAAUCCCUCGGGUAGAAAAUAUGCUUCUAAAAUAUUAGCUCGAAAUUCAUGUAAAUAAUAAAAUUAGAGCACUUUUUGUUCCGCAGUGCGUGAGCCUUAAAAAGGUAAUGAAGGGACAUUUGAUCGAACGGUAUGAAUAUUGUAUAUAAGCUUUCAUCAUUUAAAACUUUUAUUUAGGACUACAUAAUACUAAUUAUCGCUCUGUAAAAUAAACGUCUGUUUGCUUUCAUUUUUAUUCAA